AUGACUCUUGCGGUGUUGAAGAAGCCAAGUCGAGCGAACAUGUACAUGGAGACCAUUCCCAAAGAGAUGAAUUUGGACUGCUUAGUUGUUGUUUCUAGGAGAACUCGUUUCGACAACACGAUUUUUGUGAAAGAAAUUGAUCUUAUUUAUAAAGCUGAAUCCACAUGCAAGCUUCCCGCCGCACUAAUUGAAGCAGCCACAACGGCUCAUAACGACCUCAGAGCACAAGUUGCUAGACGUGCUUUGGACAAGGAGAUUUACGGAGAACUGCCAGGGACAAAGAGCCUUUUCAAAUUAGAGUAUGAUUGUACUAAUGAAGGAUUUGCACAGUCAGCUAUUGGAAAAGAUUGCAAACAUUCAUCAAUCUACAUGAGCGUGAUAGGAAGAGGAGAAAACUUUAUAACAUACAGAGCAGAGAGUAAGCCUGGUAACAAAAAGCUUGCUGAGAUGCUUAAAUGGGCCGUCGAAGAUUGGAGUGAGACUGUCGAAAGUCCUCUGAGCGCAGACGUCAUGUACACAGAUACGUCUAUAGAACCUUUUGCUAAUAUGAUUUAUAAUAAGACGUUGAAAUUCGGGUGCUCUUACCAAUUCUGUGAGGCCAACGGCAAAGUUGCUAUCGCGUGUGUAUACGAGAGCAAGCCGCAGCUGAAUGAGCCACUGUAUUCGGCAGACUCGACGGGCAAGAAAGGAUGCACUAAGAACAGUCCAUGUAACAAAGUAAUCAAAGGCGCUGUUUGUGAAACAGCUAAUGACACCGUUGGCCCUCUUUGCCAGAAAGAACCUUCCACCACAACAGCCGCUCCAACAACAACAACAACGGAAGAAUCAAGUGAGUACAGAGCAAUGAUCUUUGGGUACUGA